GAAUUAUAGAAUGUGCCACCCUCUCUUUCCUUCCUCCCUUCUCUCUCUCUCUCCUUUUUUAGCGAAAGUAUGGCGGCGAGUCCCUCUCUUUUUCCUGAGGGGGCGCCAUCAUUCAACGAACGCGCAUUCUCACCAAGCCACAACCACCCCCACCGCCCUCCACCACCUACAGAAAAAACGGCCCUUUCGCCUACCCACCACCGCCACCCUUCUCCCCACCCCUGAAAGGGCCAGCAAAGAUCCCUUCUCCCUUCUCUCUUCUUGCUCCCCUGCCUCGUCUCUGGAUUUUGCAGCCUGAGUGAGAAGCAACAAUAGCCUCAAUCGAGCUAAACCUGCCUAAGUUCUUUGAGCGGAGUGCUGCGGAAAGCUCCAGGUCAGAGUUCGUGGUCACCACACCACUAUUUUACGUCCACAACCUGCUGUAAGUGUACCCAGCCUUUUUUACCAGAUUGGUAGUUGGAUAUACCGUUCUUCUGAGAAUGGACGGGGAAACGCAUGAUGAGGUAAUGAUUCCACAGAAAGUUGAAUCUCUAUGUGGUCAUCUGAGAAGAAAAUCUACUGGAAUAAUGGCUGCCCCAAAUCUUCAACCACCGAUUCCUUCUCGUUAUCUAAGAGCCUCAAUGGGAUCCUGCCAUGAUUUUUGCAAAUAUGGGAGGAAACAUAAUUCUGAAGUGAGGACUAAUUACCUGAGGUCAAGGAGAAAAGCCGCCACUUCUGGGGAUCGCCAUAACCGGGAUAAGGCCAGUGCUCAGUUGGAGGGGAAUGAGAAAUUAUUAGCUAAUGUCGACGAAUCUCCUAAGUCCGUCAUUGUGAAGAGAGAUGAUUCCUGGUCAACUCAAGAUGGAGACGUCAUUGUGAACAAGGCUGGCAUUUCUGGGGCUUGCUAUGACCACGAUGAGAACAGUGCUUCAUUGGAGAGGAAUGAGAAAUCAUUAGUCAAUGUUGACGAAUUUCCUGAGUCCAUCAUUGUGAAGAAAGAUGAGUCCUUGUCAACUCAAGAUGGAGAUGUUGUUGUGAAGAAGGCUGCCGAUUCUGGGAAUCAGUAUGACGAGGAUAUGACCAGUCCUUCAUUGGAGGGAAAGGAGAAAUCAUUAGUCAAUGUUGACGAGUCUUCUAAGUCUGUCAUUGUGAAGACAGAUGAUUCUUUGUCAACUCCAGACAGAGAUAUCUCCCUUCAGCAGCCAGAGGAUCCAGAUGUCACCAGAGAUUUUGCUGCCGACCUGAAGAAAAACUCUGUCCAUCCAAGUUCAUCUACUCAUCCUAAAGAGGGAAAAAGUGAUGAAGUACACGACAAAACUGAAGGGGUGCUUUCAUUGGCCGCUCCCCAGAGUUCAAGCAGCAGAAAUAACCAGAAAAUCAGAGGCACUAAAGCAACAGGGGUCUCUGUGAAUAAGAAGGAAAAGAUCUUGCCGAGUACCGCAUCCAUUGCUCCUGAACGUUCUGGCAGAAGAGCCUCAAACAAGGAAACGAGAAACUAUAAGCAUGCCAAAUCAGCAUCCACUCAGAAAAACUGCAGUAUCAGUAAAGCUGAGCCUAAGCUUUCCGAUUGCAAGGAUAAGACUAAAAAGACUUCAGAUUUUGCAGUGGUGGAUGUUGGAAAUAAAAUGGCAGGAACCGCUGAGAAUAGCCUCCAUACAUUAGAUAAGAGUCCUAAGGCAGAGAAAGAAAGAAGAUCAAAAGGAGAGAUUACCCCUCAACUUCCACCAUCAUCAGGGAAGAAAAAAUCAAGACGCUCAGUAAAUGCACAUGGUUCGGCCCAAUUGCCUCCAUCCUCUGAUAAGAAAAACACGAGAAGAAUCGGAAGACGUGUUAAUCAAUCUCCUUCAUUUUCAUCUGCAUCUUCAUCUUCAUCCUUGCGCUCAACACCAUCUCUGCUAAAAUCAAAGUCCACCAUUGUUGAUACUCCGUCUGAGCAUGAGGCAGCUGAAAAGGGGAAUCCAGUGGCUCGUUCAAACACAAAUAGGCCCAAGAGGGUUGGCACAGGUAGCUCUGAAGACAAAAAUUGCCAGCCUCAAAUUCUACCCUUCAGGAGAGGGAAGCUGGUAGAACCUGGACUUGAGAACGGUCCUCCAAGGAGACUCAGGUUUCGACGACCAAGACUACUUGGCGAGUACCAAAUUGGUAAGGGUGAUGCUGCAAGAAAAAGCUUUAGAAGAAAGGACAUUGAUUCUCUGGAGUUUAAGAGUAAUAUAAAAUCUGAGAAAAUUAUCUUGAAGCACCGACAUGUGGAGAAAAGAGAGAAUGCGCGAAGUUUGUUCAACAACGUGAUUGAAGAAACCGCUAGUAAGCUUGCUGAGACAAGGAAGAGUAAAGUCAAAGCAUUGGUUGGUGCUUUUGAAACUGUGAUCUCCCUUCAAGAUACCAAACCAAAGGCCACAGUCACUGCCUGUUGAACUGUUCAGGGUCUAUGGUUUUAUUGUACAUAAGGAUCUAAAGAUAACUUCUGUUGUUCUUGUGGCAUGAGAACUAUAUCUCGAGACUGGCUAAUUGAGCUGAGAAUGUGUCCAGUGUGAAUUCUAUGGUUUUGACACCUAUUGUUGAUCAGGUUGUUGUGUGUAUAGAAAGAACAUGACUUGAUUAGAUUGUUUGAUUUAAUUUUCCCCUUCUGAAUUCUUGGAGUUUUAAAACAUUGUUUUUGCACUAUAUGUACCUCUUGUUCAUAUUCAUGUAACUCUCUUGGUCUGUUUUUUGGUUUGCAACGGAGGACAUAUCAUGAUGCUAGAUUGAUCUCAACUGGCAUAUCCCAGUUUUCUGUGUA